AACCGACAUUUGAUUGGUUAAUAGAUAGAACGAAAAGCUCCCAUUGGGUGGUAGGACCAUGAUUGACGUUUCCGCUGGCUUUUGUCCCCGGGCGCAUGUUGGAAAUAAUUGAAUUGAGUGAAAGCAUGCAUCUUCGAUAUUCACAGCGCAUAUUUAUUGCAUUUAUUCUCUUCGUGGUGGUAAUACUUUAUAUAACAUUUGGCAAUCAAAGGUGUGAAUGUGAUGUUAGAGAUGUCAUUAAAGUCAAACAGCAAAUUGCUCAAGAGUUACUCGAAGUACAUCAUGACAUGCUCACAUCUUUCAAUCAAAAACGUCAUCUGCCAUUGCAGUCACUCAUGAGCAUGGAACAAAUAAUACAUCGUCUUGAUGUGGCAGCUAGUGUAAGUCAGCCUUAUGCCCUGCAGCAAGUACCAAGCGCAGAGGUAUGCCCUGAGGAAUACAAGGGCAAUUCACUUGGUUAUCCUUUUUUCCAUUUAGGAUGGGGUGUUGCUAAUUGUAGUUUUGCCAAACCAAUUAACACUUUGUUGACAGUGUUGAUCAACAUGGAGGAGUACUCGGACCUGGAUUAUCACCACGUUUUUAAUGUUUUCAAAGGAAUUAAAGAGACUCACCCGUCACUUGAAACUAUAGUGGGUGUUCAUUCAAGAGCAAAACAUUGCAUUACCAAGGCUCAGAAGUACCUCAAUGUUAAAAUGUUACAGACUACUGCUUCACAAGUUGGCAAGGUAUGGAACAUGCUUCUUGGCAAAGUCACUACUCCAUAUGUUCUCGUUGCCCGCCAGGUCUUGCAUUUUAACUGGAUGGCAAAGCUUCACCGACAGAUUCGUCUUCUCAGCCAAUUGCCUGAUGUAGGUGUGGUUGGUGGAUCAUUUCGUAAUCUCACCGGUCACUGGCGCCCAGGAUGUUACCACGCAGAAAUGAGAAACUAUGUGCUCAAGUACCAGGAUGGGUACUAUCAUUCCAGGAAUUCUUGUAUGUUUUGUGACCACCUAAGAGGCCCAUUUGUCGCAAGAAACACUCUCAUGAAGGGGCUCAAGUUCGAUGAGUCACUUCCAACUCAUGUGGUCUUUGAAGACUUUUUCCUCCGUUUGAAAGAAAAGGGAAAAAUAGCCAUGGCUUGUCCGGACUCCAUGUAUUUUAUGCACGAUAAUGCUUAUGAGGAGCAACUUGCGUCGAAACAGCUUUGGGCUUCAUUUGCAAAAAAGUGGCAGCUUAACCGGAUUUUAUUACCUGGAAUAGCCACACACUCUUUCUCUUGCGCUGAUAUAGGAUUCACUUGCAAACAAAAAGUCACUAAUUCAUUCUUACUUCCAGUGUGCUGCCUUGAGAUAUUGACAAAAGCUCUUCACUUUGUUCAUAACUUCAGCAAGAAAUACAAUCUUUUAUAUGAGCUUGAUUCUGGGUCCGUUUUGGGGGGUGUAAAAUUCAACAGUUUUCUCCCAUGGGAUAUAGACAUUGACCUUUCGGUUUUUGCUGAAAACAUGACCAUAUUUUCAAAACCAGAAAUCGUCAAACUGUUUUUAAAAAAUGGUUAUAAAAUCCGUGAUUAUAAACCUCCAGAAAAUGAUGGUAAGGGAUUUAAUGGUGGAUUUACGAAAAUUGAUAUUUUGUCUGGUGACUUCUACCUUGAACUUUGGGGUGCCAGGGAGCUUAGUAAUUCAGCGUUGAACUUUCUUCCCGCUGAACUGCAAAAGCCGCCUUUCUACACUAAAACACAUAUUAGAGGUGCGUGGAUAAACACCGUGUACAAUCCAGCUAUGUAUGCACGUUCAAGGUAUGGUAAAGAAAUUCUCAAACAUUCCCAGAGCUGGCGGCAAACGGGACUGAAAAACAGUUGGGAGAUGUAUAAGAGCGGGACCUUUACAUCUUGUGAGAAACCACGGCACCAUUCAUGUCUUGAUAGCUUCCCUGGUGAUGGUAACCUUCCAGUGUUUGUGUCUUAAUGCAAGAGUAAGAAAUGGGUUUUAGCGUUUCACCUUAUUUCUCACUCGUAUCAUUAGUAUAUGAGCCUUCACACACCCUGUGUAUAUAAGCCUUGACACACCCCGAGUAUAUAAGCCUUAACACACCCUGAGUAUAUGAGCCUUUACACACCCUGAGUUUAUAAGCCUUUACACACCGAGUAUAUUAGGCUUAACACACCCUGAGUAUAUGAGCCUUGACACACCCUGAGUAUGAGCUUUUACACACCCUGAGUAUAUAAUUCUUUACACACCCCAAGUAUAUGAGCCUUCACACACCUUGAGUAUAUGAGCCUUGACAUACCCUGAGCCUUUUCACACUCUGAGUAUAUGAGCCUUGACACACCUUGAGUAUAUGAGCCUUGACACACCCUGAGUAUGAGCUUUUACACACCCUGAGUAUAUAAUUCUUUACACACCCCAAGUAUAUGAGCCUUCACACACCUUGAGUAUAUGAGCCUUGACAUACCCUGAGCCUUUUCACACUCUGAGUAUAUGAGCCUUGACACACCUUGAGUAUAUGAGCCUUGACACACCCCGAGUAUGUGAGCCUUCACACCCCGAGUAUAUGAGCCUUGACACACCUUGAGUUUAUGAGCCUUGACACACCCCGAGUAUAUGAGCCUUGACACACCUGGAGUAUAUGAGCCUUCACACACCUUGAGUAUAUGAGCCUUCACACACCUUGAGUAUAUGGGCCUUGACACACCUUGAGUAUAUGAGCCUUGACACACCCCGAGUAUAUGAGCCUUCACACACCUUGAGUAUAUGAGCCUUCACACACCUUGAGUAUAUGAGCCUUCACACACCUUGAGUAUAUGGGCCUUCACACACCUUGAGUAUAUGAGCCUUGACACACCUUGAGUAUAUGAGCCUUGACACACCCCGAGUAUAUGAGCCUUCACACACCUUGAGUAUAUGAGCCUUCACACACCUUGAGUAUAUGAGCCUUCACACACCUUGAGUAUAUGGGCCUUCACACACCUUGAGUAUAUGAGCCUUGACACACCCUGAGCCUUUUCACACUCUGAGUGUAUGUUUCGUUCUGCACGAAAUGAAUGACGCAACUUGUAACAUGAAUUUUCAUUAGUGACAUAACAACUUGUAAUUAAUUACAACCACAAGAACAUUAUCCUAAGCGCGGAAAACAACUAAGACCCAACGGCAACUAUACUUAUUUUAUGAUUUCCAAAUAUAGAAUGUAAUUGUACUAUAUCUUUUCAGAUUUUGAACUUAUCAACCUACUUGAAUCAUCAAUUGUAAUAAACUACAAGUUUGGUUAAAA